AUGUACACGACCCUCUCGCCAUGCGACAUGUGCACGGGCGCGUGCAUCCUCUACAAGGUCGCGAGGGUGGUGAUUGGGGAGAACAAGAACUUCGUGGGGGGUGAGAAGUACCUCAAGGAACGGGGCGUCGAGGUCGUCGUCUUGGAGAGUCAGGAGUGUGUCGAGUUGAUGGGGAGGUUUAUUCGGGAGAAGCCUCGUGUGUGGUGA